UGAGUCACCACUACGCAACAACGCCAUCAAACUCCCUUUCUUUCUCUCCCCUUUUGUUCUUAUCAUCUUUGUUUCCCAAACCAUAAUUCGGAACUACAGAGGGUUCUUGGAGAUAGAACUUCUCAGUUUGUCAGUCAGUGGCUCAAAAUCAUUGGAGGGGGGAAGAUCUAUCCAAAGAUGAGAGCUUUGGUCUUUGUUUGAUCUUGUGUGCAUCAAUUCCAGUGUAAAUAUCAUCAGAGCUUGGCUAGGGAUUUGAUUUGAUACAUAAGUUGUGUGUGUAGAUUUUGCUUGGAUCUGGUUGAUGGGUAUGUUUGAGGAUAUGGCGAAUAUGGGUUUUUGUGAGAAUCUUGAUUUCCUCUCGGAGUCCCCGGGAUGUACUGAAAUGGCACCUGAAGUUGAAACCAAGGCACCGGGGGUUGGGGUUGAGGACGAUGACUACAGUGAUGAUGACAUGGAUGUGGAGGAGCUGGAGAGGAGGAUGUGGAGGGACAGGAUGCUGUUGAGGCGGCUGAGGGAGAAGAACAAAACCAAGGAUGGAGCUGACAGCGCGAAGCAUCGCCAGUCCCAGGAGCAAGCACGGAGGAAGAAGAUGUCCCGUGCUCAAGACGGUAUACUGAAGUACAUGCUGAAGAUGAUGGAGGUUUGCAAUGCUCAGGGCUUUGUUUACGGGAUUAUUCCCGAGAAGGGGAAGCCCGUGAGCGGAGCUUCUGACAAUCUUCGCGCUUGGUGGAAGGAGAAGGUCAGAUUUGAUCGAAAUGGCCCAGCUGCAGUUGCCAAGUACCAGGCAGAAAACAAUAUCCCGGGGAAGAUUGAGGAGUCGAGUGUGGUGGUGUCAACUCCUCACACGCUGCAAGAGCUCCAGGAUACGACGUUGGGCUCGCUGUUAUCUGCUCUGAUGCAACACUGUGAUCCUCCUCAGAGAAGGUUUCCUUUGGAAAAGGGUGUUGCUCCUCCUUGGUGGCCUUCGGGUAACGAGGAAUGGUGGGACCAGUUGGGAAUGCCAAAGGAUCAAGGGUCACCGCCCUAUAAAAAGCCUCAUGAUUUGAAAAAGGCAUGGAAAGUGGGCGUUCUCACUGCAGUGAUUAAGCACUUGUCCCCUGACAUUGCCAAGAUUCGCAAGCUCGUUAGGCAGUCAAAAUGCUUGCAGGAUAAGAUGACAGCCAAGGAGAGUGCUACCUGGAUUGCUAUCAUUAAUCAAGAAGAGUCGCUGGCUAGGAAGCUGUAUCCCGAUAGCUAUCCACAGGGCCCUUCGGUUAUUGGGAAUGGCUCACAUCUAGCCAGUGAUGCUAGUGAUUAUGAUGUCGAAGGAGUGUAUGAUAAGAGUCCCAUCGAUCUCGAAUGCAAACCCCACGAGAUGAACAUCCUUAACAUGGGUAUGGGAGGACCUAAAGCUAGAAAUUUGGUCCCGCUCUUAGCUCCUAUAAAAGGCGAGAUUAUUGAUCUCAGCUCAGAUUUCCUCCCGAAGAGGAAACACCCAUCGAGUGAGGAGCAUGUGGAUGUGAAGAUAUAUACAUGCGAGUAUUCGCAGUGCCCUUAUAGCAACUACCAGAUGGGGUUCCAGGACAGGACAUCAAGGAAUAAUCACCAGAUUAACUGCCAAUACCGCUUCGCUUCUGCUCAAAGGCUUGGCAUGCAAAACUUCCAAAUAAACAAUGACGGUCCAGCUGUUUUCUCUGCACCUAAGCCCGCUGCUCCAUCAGUGGGGUCUUCCUCAUCUGUAAAUGCCUCGAGCUUUGGGCUUCCUGAAGAUGGCCAAAGGAUGAUUUCUGAACUCAUGUCAUUCUACGACACCAAUUUUCAACAAAAUGGUAACUUCAAUUCUGUGAACCUUAAUGCUGUAGUAGAAGACCACAACCUGCUUCAACUGGAUGAUGACUUCUUCAAACCGGGCGCCCCAGUGGGGGGUGGUGCAACAUUUCAGGACACAAACAUGCCCAUCACCCAAUCUGGCUUCUCAUCCACAGAAACCCAAUUUGGCCAAUCCAAGUUCCAAUAUGAGUCUCCAUUCAAUGGAAACACAUGCGAUCCCGGUGAGUUUAGGUUUGGCUCCCCGUUCAACUUGGCAGCACCAAUUGAUUAUUCCUCGAUGGAUCAGCUGCCAAAGCAGGAUGUAUCAACUUGGUACCUCUGAAUGAAUCCAUGGCACAUUUCCAGUUCUUUCCCCCAAUGGAAAUUCUGGAGGAGAAUGAAAGGCUGUACAUAACAAAGCAAGAAUCACCAUUCCCCUAUUAUAUCAUAAGUAGGCUUAUUGGAGCUUUCUGCUACUGUAUUAAAUAUUAUGUUUGUUUGCUUGCCUUUUUCUUCUGUUUUCUUUAGCUUUUGAACUGGUAGUCUCUAUUGUACCCCUUACCCCUACCCCUACCCCUACCCCUUUCAUUUUCAUGUUGUGUCCCAAACUUUAGGUAGAGUUUGUGAAAUAAAAUCUUAGUUUGCUUAUUA